UUUUCGACUGGAAAACUUAAUGAAAGCGUGUUUAAGAAGUAUUUCGAAAUGCCAAAGCUCGUUAAUGAACACCAUGGAGUUAAAAUAAUCCCUCGCUUGCAAUUAAAUCUUAUCUAAAAAUCUGAAUCACUCGAAUAAAAUAAAUUUCCGGAGAUUUUAAACUUCUCUUCAAAUACGAGUAUUUACUAGAUUUUGAAGGAACCACCAAAACAAAAAUAUGCCAGGAUCCGAUCAAAAGAGACAAAGACAUCGCCGAAAGAGUAUUAAAGAUGAAGCCAGCUUAUCGGAAUUACUUGAUUUAAUUACCAUUUCUCUUACAGCAAUAGGACGCCUUUUGGGGAUAAAAAGCAAACAUUGAGUGAGCAAAUACUGCAACGUUUUAUCCUCUUUUUCCCAAGUGUCAUUGUUGAAAACGGAAAUAAAAUACAAUUUAAACAGGAAAUUCUUAUUUAUGUAACUGCUCAACCUUCCCACUUCAUUAUAAGCUCCAAUCUAAACAUGAGGCUUUGGUUGAUAAUUCUUCUCUCUACGUUUACUGCUGCAAAUAUACCAAAAUCUAAACAGAUACUGUGUAGUAGAAAAUUCCCAGAUUUUGUUACUUGUAUCAAGGAACAUGCUCACAUUGUGUUUACUGAAGCAUUAGAUGAAUGUAAAGAGAAAUUUUCUAAUGGAUCUACCUAUUUAGAAUUUGGAGGAAAAGCUUGCAAUGAUGACGAAUUAAGAGAAAAGUUUAUUAACUGUAUCAAAGAAAUAAAGAAAAAUAAAGAUUUUUGUGGAAAAAUACCAAAGAAAUGCUAUGAUGAAGUCAAUGUUGAGAAAAAAGAUCCGCAAAAAGGCACUCCAAUUUUGGCAUAUUUCUGUGAUUUAAAGAAAAGAGAUAAAAGGGAAAGACCUGAAAGAUUCUGUUGCUUGAUGAAGAAAGCUCCAAGAAAAGAUGUUGAAGCAAUGAGAAAGUGUCAAGAAAAACACAUACCCUUAGGCAAAAAUGAAAAAUUCAUAACAAAAAUUUGCAAUCCAAAAAAUAUAAAAGAAAUGGUUAUAAAAUUGGGAGAAUGGAAGGACUGUUACAUGGAAGCCAUAGGAAAAAAUUCUACUAAUUGUUCUCCAAGUUAUAUAUCUGAAUGCUCAAAAGCAACUGAGCCAUGCAGAAAAAGAUCUUGAAAAAAUACUAAACUUUUUUGUAUUAAUUGUGCAAUUUUCUAAUACAAAUUCCAUGUAAAAUUCUAUGUUUGAAUUAACUUGUGUAAUCCAAUAACUANGAAU